GGCGCUAUGUGCAGUUGGACCGAAACAGCUGUUACACUGACAGCUGAUUUGUUUACUACUGAAAAUUUGUGAUUAUUUUUCGAAUUGUUUUGAUAUUCAUCAAAUAAUAAUGGCUUCAGCUUCAAGUAGCUCAGCACGCCAUCUCUUUAGUGACAGCAAGAAACGGCUUUGCGACCGGGUGGGUGUAAACGUAAAUAACUUGGGAUCAGUAACACGGCAGUUAGUACGCGGCUCCAAAUCUAACGAGAUUUUAGGCCAAACUAUCAAAAAUUUCACACAGGUUGACAUUGUAUCAGACUACAGCAGUCAAAAUUUGCAUAAAAUGCAACUAAUACUACAACAUGUUGACUAUCAACACGAUAUCAUGCUCGAUAGCGUGAAUCAUAUGGAUUAUUUGAAGGAUCAAGUAACAGCGAUGGAAAGAUGAUUGGAAGAGAGUGGCUGUAGAAAUUAAACAUGUACUUGCGAAUCUUUCUACGCCAACUCAAGUUUUUAUCUAUAGCAAUUUCUUUAUGCAUACAAAAAAAAAAAUUACUGUCGAGUUUGUUUUAUAUGUAGAUUUUAUCAAAUUGUAUUCUUUAGUUGUAUUUAGCAUUUAGACUGUAUGCGACUUAAUUGAAAUUUUAAUAGCUAAAUGAAAUUCCAGUGGGAAUUUAAACCACGGCUUACAAUUAGGAAAUUUCAAAUAUCAUUUAAAAUUAUACUUUUAUUAUCAUCAAUAAUUCAGCCCUUUAUUUUCAAAGUGGCAUAAAUAAGUCACUUCGUACCUCUUGUGCGUAAAUGGCUGGAUACUUGUAACCGAAUGCAUAUGUAAAUCGCUCUAUCGUCAUAUACUAACAACAAAACCCUCUACCUUUGGUUAAUGAGCGUUCAGAUACAAGUAACCGGCGAUUUAAGAAUAAGAAGUGUGAAGUGACUUAUGCCACUUUCAAAAUAAAUGUCUUAAUUAUAACAUUUCCCUACCCUGUCGGUAGCAUCAACAAUCAAAACUAAAAUUAAAAGAAACAUAACAUUCAAAAAAUGUUGUUUUGGCCAAACUCACGCUGGCCUUUUAUUUGUAUUUCUAUUUAAUAUAAAACAUUGUACACUUGUGAUCAGCUAAUUAAGCCAGCAACAUUUAGAUCAAUUUUGGCUAUUUUUCUUUUGUUUAUUCAAUGUUUAUUAUUUUUCCAUAAAAGGCUAGCUCAUUGUAUAACAAACACCACAUAAAUCCAGAUUCCAAACUUUGUGCACAUGAAAAAUCUGCAAAGUUUCAGCUAAAUUUUCAAUCUUUUAUAAGAUUUUUUAGAAUUGUCGAAUUUAUUUUGUAUGGAAAAAUAUUUGUUAUGCAGUCAGAAAAAAACUCAAGACUUGCACAUUUUUACCCUAGAAUUUAGUGGAUUAUUAAACUGCAUACUCAAAAAAAAAAAUCUGAAUACAAAGUUGAAAAUUUAGCUGAAACUUUGCAGAUUCUUCAUAAUUUUUGCACAAAGUUUGAAAUCUUGAUUUAUAUGGUGUUUGUUAUAUAAUGAGCUAGACUUUUAUGGAAAAAUAAUAAACAUUAAAUAAACGAAAGCAAAAUAGCAAACAUUUAUCAAAAGGUUGCUGGCUUAAUUACCUGAUCACAAGUACAAGUGUAUCAUUACCUGAUCACAAGUGUAGAUUUUUUUAGUUAUACUUAUUUUAGAGAUACAUUAAUAUUUUUUUUAAUAAAAGCCCCUGCUACUGUUAAGUGGCUCAUGCCUCUAAUCGUUCUCGGAUCCAUGUCUAAUCUUUGGGUACACACUUUAGCAAUCCUUACUGCUUACUUUAGUAAGGGUUGGAAAUAGAUUCGACAAGGAUUAGAGACAAGAUCUACUUAGCAGUAGUAACAGUUUUUAUUUUUUGAA